UGUCAUGUCCGCUGUGUUGGUAACUUUGGCAAGUUCCUCAGCAUUUACCAUAGGUAUUUACGGAUAUAAAGGUGUGAGUUGUUUACAGUGAAUGCUGGUGACAUGCUGCUGAAAGAGAGUAGACUGUGUGUUUGAAACACGGUCAUUUCAUGAGCGCAGACUCGCUGGAUUGCUGUGGAGGCUUGAAUAACGUGGAUUACAGUCAGAUGGACAUGUCCGUGUUGGCAGACCUGACGGAGCCCCGGUUCUGCGUGGCUGUGAUCGCCAUCAUCUUCAAUCCGUUCUUCUGGAAUGUGGUGGCCAGAUGGGAGCACAGGACCAGAGGUCUGACCCGUCUGUUCGGAGGUCCAUACACGGCCUGUUAUUCCCUCGCCGUGCUCAUCCUGCUCCUCAAUGUUUACCGCAGUCACAGUAUUACAGUGGCCAUGAAGGCUCACCCUCGCUGGGAGCCGCUGGAUAACGCACAUGUGUACUACGCAGGAGCAGCUCUCAUGGCGCUGGGAUCGGUGUUUGUGAUCAGCAGCUUCAUGGCUCUGGGCAUCACUGGCACUUUCUUGGGGGACUAUUUUGGCAUCCUCAUGGAUCACAAGGUGACUGGUUUCCCCUUUAAUGUGAUGGAGAACCCCAUGUACUGGGGCAGCACAGCCAACUACCUGGGCCUGGCCUUAAUGAGCGCCAGUCCUGUGGGAGUGAUCCUGACCGCUGUGGUCGGCUUGUCCUAUAAAGUAGCGAUCGCAUAUGAAGGAGCGUUCACUGAGGAGAUCUACCGGCAGAGGAGCCAGCGCUGCAAGCACAAGUAAAGAUGCUCAGAUUCCUGAAAGUGUGGAUGCAGAAGAUUUCUGAUGUAAACACCUGCAGCAUUUAAACGACUGUGUCUGAUUGAUCUGUGUAAUAUUCUGAUGGUAUAAAGAGAGUUAACGAGCACAUCCAUGCUUAACACUUUUACCCGCAAUAUUGAAUGCAAACUGUGAAUGCAAUGACAAUCAUCAGCUGUAGCAAUCCAAUAUCCAGCUGCUGCUAAUCUGUAGUCUGCUCACAUAUCAUAACCAUUAAAGAUGUGAUUGUGGUU